AUUAAAUACAUUUUUUAAAUUUUUCAAAAUAAAGUAUAAAUAUAGAACACAUAAUCAUAUAAUGGAUAGUUUGAUUCCUUAUUCAUAUAAUUAUCACACUAAGCGUAGAAAAAUAAACACUGCCCUAUCUAAACUGUUAUCACAAGUUCAACAUGAGUUUGAAAAUCAAAAUGACUCAAGCUCAAAUGAUCACCAAUAUAGCUGCAUUUUAUCAGACAGUAUUGGUAACACACAUGCAACUAUUACAAGUGCAAAUUUUACAAGUCAUCAAUAAUUUUAUGCAUGAAUUUGUAACAUUUAAUAAAAGCAUCGAUCAUCUAUCCGACGUAAAAGCUCAGUUCCAUAUAAAUGCAAUAAGCACAGUAAAUAGUUGUUAUUCAGACAAAAAUGAAUGUUGUGCUCGUAUGUCAGGUACAACUGAUGACGAUAACAAUGAUAGUGAUAUAACUUUUUUUUCUGAAAGUAAUGACACUAAUUUAUCUAGUUUCAAUGAAAAUUUAGCAAAUUGGGCAAUUUCUUUUAAUAUUUCUCUAAGUGCAACUACACAUUUACUGCAGAUUUUGAAACCACUUGUUCCAAGUGUACCAAAAGAUGCCAGGACUUGCAGUUUUAAAAAAAUUUCAGAUAAUGUUUUUCCAAUUGCCAUAUUUUGCAGUAGCAGUAAGCCUAAUCCAUUAACUGCUUAUUUGAAAGAUUUUAUUGCAGAAUUGAAAUGUCUAGAAAAGUCCCCAUUUGAAGACAAUAAUGGUCAUAAAUAUAUCAUCAAACUAGAUGCUGUAAUUUGUGAUGUCCCUGCAAGAGCAUUUUUAAGCGAUGAUUCAUGUGAGCGAUAUAUUCAAAAAGGUGAAUGGUAUGGAAAAAUUCUUCAACCUGAUCUAUCAGCUCCACUUAGAACUGAUGAAAGUUUUCGCAUGCAAGCAGAUAAGAAGCAUCACAUUGAAAACAUGAUCUCUCCGUUUUUAGAAUUAUCAUUUGGAAUGGUUUCAUCUUUUCCACUCGAUUAUAUGCAUUUGGUAUGCUUAGGAGUAGAUAGAAGAAUGAUUAAUCAAUGGGUGCAUGGGAGUAAAAAGAAACAAUGUUUAUCCAAAACAUUGUUAACUACACUAUCUGAAAAACUUGUUUUAUUUAAGCAGCAUGUACCAAAAGAAUUUUCACGCAAACCUCGUUCAAUAUGGGAAUUUAAACGCUGGAAAGCUACUGAAUUACGCCAGUUUUUAUUAUAUACUGGUCCGGUAGUUUUGAAAGGUAUAUUGCCAAACGAUGUUUAUAUAAACUUUUCGGAUUUAUCUGUUGCUGUAUAUAUUCUUUUGAGUCCAUCGCUUUGUGCAAAUCAUCGUGAUUAUGUUAAAAAGUUGCUAACAUAUUUUGUUGCUACAUUUUGUAAAUUAUAUGGGAAAGAUCAGUGCGUUUAUAAUAUUCACUCUUUAAAUCAUUUGCCAGAUGAUGCUAAUCAUUACGGUGCUCUGGAUAAAGUCUCUUCUUUUCCAUAUGAAAGUUAUCUUGGAAGAUUGAAAAAACUUGUGCGGCGACCUCAGUUCUUGUGCUUUCAAAUUGUGAGAAGUAUUUUUGAAGGACAUUUGAAUCCAACUAAUCCAAUUUGUAAUGAAAAUAAAAGUGUUUUUAAAAAGCUUCACACUGAAGGUCCAGUUCCCAUAUCGUAUUGUCACUGUUUGCAGUUUAAGAAAUAUAAUAGUGCUAAGUUUUUUGCUUCAAUUAAUGAUUGUUUUAAAGUAAAUGGGAAAGUAGCGAGUGCAAUGAAGCUUAUAUUGUUUUUCAAAAGUAUGAAAUUUUACAACCAUUUUUUACAGAUCCAAUGAACUCUGACUUACUUUCAAUUUUUUUUGCAGAGAAGUUAUCCUGUUUUUAACUCAGUUUUUCCUAUUGCAGAUUUAGAUUGUAAAUAUUUACAGUUACCAUUUAAAAAUGGAUUUGUAAUUAUUAUUCCUCAAAUGCAUCUUUACUGAUUUUAUGGUAACUGUUUGUUUUUAUAAUUAUAUAUAUAUUUUUUGCAUGGCUCUUAUACAUGGUAUAAUAAAUAGUUGUUUUGUGAAGUACAUUAUUUUUCAAGUUAUCAGUAUUUAAAUUCGAAUUGUGUCAUUUCUCAUUUUAACUGACGAACCAAGUCUAUCAAAGUCAAUCCAACUCAUAAACAAACAUUAUUACUAAAAAAAAAAGUUAUUUUAGAUUCACUUUAGGAAGCUCGUCAGAAAGCAAUAUUGGCUGAAGACACUUCAAAUCUCGAAGUUGAAAAUAAUAUAAAGCGAAGAAGAAUAAAUAUUAUACAAGCUGAUGAAAGUGACAAAAGUAAAGUUGAAUCUGAUAGCAGCGAAGAGUUCAUUGAAAAG